AUGAACCCGGCAGCUGUGAGGAUGGCGCGCGGCCCGGUCACCCCACACCGCCGCCUUAGUGGCUGCACCAGCGCGCUCUGCUGUGCCAUCGCAAUCGCGCUGUUUUGUGCUCUUUGUUGUGAAGUCAGCGCGCUGGAGGUGGGCAAGUUUUUUCCCGGCAAGGCGCACAUGAGCGCGAAGAAUCGUUACGAAUCUGUUCAGGCGCUACAGGCUCUGCAGCGCGCGAUCGACGACCCUGAGCUGCAGAAGGAGGUAGAGUCCGCGCUCAAGGACACAACGAGGGGCUUCGACAUGUGCCGAUCGGCGCUGUACCGCUGCAACCGCGUGACCGGCGCUCUCGAGGAGGCGGUCAUCAAGGGCAUGCGCGGCGGAACUGUGAAGUGGGACGAGUACCCCAAGUCGGUGAAGCGGAUCCGCAUCGGGGACUCGAGGCUGAGGCAGCCACUCGUGCUCUCCAGCUUACCUGCGAACCUUGAGGAAUUCGUGGCGACAAACGUGGAGUGGGAGUCCGACUCGAUUCUUCGGGUCCCACAGAGUGGCGAGGGGGGAGUUGUGAAGGGGCCCUUGGCUCAUCUUCGCGUUUUGCAAUGUUACAACUGCGCUCUCGUGAAGGCAGAGGUGACAGCGACGACGCCCCAGCUGGAGCAGCUGCAGGUGUUGAGCCUUUCCGGCAAUCCAGACUUGGUCAUCGAUCUCCGCGAGCUGCCGCGCAACCUCCAAUCGCUGCAGCUCUCGUACACACAACUGGCUCACUCCACGGUCAGGGAGGUAUUGGAGACUGCGCCGGCGUUUCUCUCGCUGCUCAAUAUCAGCUUCACCGGUGUCGCUCUGACCCUCGACAUGCUGCUGUCUGCACGGAAUCAGCUAAAGACGCUGGAUGUGUCCGGCCUGGAAAGCAGCAAGCCAGUGUCACCUCUGUCUGCCUCGCAGCUGCAAAGUGUGUGUAGCGAAAGUGGCUUCAGCCUCGCAGAACUGUACCUUGCCAGGUGCAGCCUGACAGGCACCCUCCCUGACCUUCGUAACUGCACGAAACUGAAGGUGAUCGAUUUGUCGCACAACCUCCUCGAUGGCGCCGUGUUCACUCAACUCCCCGAGAAUAUAGAGUUGCUGCAUCUCAACAGCAACGUGAUACAGGGUGGCCUGCGCACAAGCGAACUCCCACGCACUCUGCGCCGCCUUGAUAUCUCUGAAAACCACUUCACGGGUGAGGUCGACCUUUCGGCACUGCCGCAGCAGUUGCAGUACCUCGACAUUGGCCACAAUCACUUCAGCGGCAAGGUGAACCUCACGCAGCUGCCCGAAUCUGUCAAGUUUGUUUAUAUGGAGUACAACGACUUCACCGGCGCGGCUGACCUCGUCGACCUCCCACUCGGCAUCCGUUUUAUCAUGGUCCACCACAACAACUGGGACUACCUCAUGCCCGCCCCGUGA